GCCCGAGGCGAGGCGGCUCCUGUCACUGGGUAGCCGGGUCCCCUCCCCGCUGGUGCCUGCCCGAGGCCGGCGAGGGAGCGCAGCGAGCAGGGCGCGCCCCGCACCAUGGCGAGAGCCUGAGCCCGCGGCUGCAGGAUCGGGGCCGCCCCUCCGCGCCAUGGCCGAGUUCCCAGCCAAAGUCCGCACGCAGACCAGCACCCCGGCCGGGGCGCACGGCCCGCUCCCCGCGCUGCGCUCCCUCGCCCUGGACCUCGGCUUCCUCCGCUCCUUCCUCGGGCUGCUCAUGAUUGUGGAGCUGGUGCUCGGCUUGCUGGUGUGGGCUCUCAUUGCCAGUACAUUUUACCAACCCAUUCCUGCAUAUGGCUGGGUGAUGUUUGUAGCCAUCUUCUUCUGGCUGGUAACAGUCAUUCUGUUUGUGAUGUAUCUACUACAACUUCAGCUGAAACUCUACGUGAUCCCCUGGCCUGUUGUGUUAGUGAUAUUCAACGCGGCUGCGACUGUCCUGUAUGUGACUGCGUUUAUUACGUGCUCCGCCGCUGUUAAGUCUCCGUUCUGGCUGCCUGGGGACUACAACAAAAGAGCGGCUGCAUCAUUCUUUGCCUGCGUUGUGAUGAUAGCCUAUGGGGCGAGCACUUUCUUCAGCUUCCAGGCAUGGAAAGGAUUUGGCAGCAAUGCAGCAACCAGUCAAGUGCCUAACUAGCCCCCCCUAAGGACUGGGUCUCUUGAAGGCAGUUUACAGUUGAUGGGGUAGGGGCGGGAGGGCUCACUGGAUUUGCAUUGAGCGAGGGAGCCUCUCAUCACUAGGUCUCUCGUUCAGAUCGACCUAGGUCAGUAGUGGCUGAAAGUCAUGACCGGCCAAUAGCUGUUUGGUGGCCUACGUGAGGGCUGACACAUGGUCUUUUAAUGCAGCUUACAGUGAAUAAGUGUCCACAGCACAAAACCCACCACAAUUGGCAUCCCUGUAUAGUGAAAGACUGACUUGGGAGACUGAAGUCCCUGGAAUUGGUCUCUUCAUGUCAAAGUAGCUUAGGGCGGGGGUCCUCAAUGUCUUUCUGAGCCCCUCCCCCCCCCCAACAUACUAUAAAAACUCCACGGCCCACCAAUGCCCCAACAACUGUUUUUCUACAUAUAAAAGCCAGGGCUGGCAUUAGAAGGCAGCAAACAGGACAAUUGCCCAGGGCCCCACGCCAGGAGGGCCCCACAAAGCUAAGCUGCUCAGGCUUUGGCUUCAGCCCCAGAUGGGCCCCGGGUUCAGCCUUUCACAGCAGGGCUUCGGCUUUCUGCCCUGGACCCCAGUGAGUCUAACAUUGGCCCUGCUUGGCAGAGCAAGUGAAAUCUGCUCACAGCCCCCCCAGGGGGCUCCGGACCCCUGGUUGAGAACCACUGGCUUACGGGAUGUGUAUCCAUGGCCUGCCUUUGGUGCAGCAGUUCUGAAGAAGACUUCAGUCACCCAGGCUGGCCAAUGCAGCACAUUUCACUGGCACUAAAUUCACUAAAAAACAAACCAAGACUCCUCCCCCAGCCACUUGCAGCUCUAAUGUAAAUACUGUAAAAUUAACUCUUCGGUCGGCGCAAUGGCGGAGUUGUGGGAAUGGAAGCUAGGCACUGGUACGAGAUUGCAACUGUUAUUUUAUUGAUUUCUAAAAUUUGAAGUACGAGUUGUAUGUUAUAAAUAAAAAUCUUUCUAAAUCCAA